AUGAUUUCCUGGGAAGUGGUCCUCCAAGUGUUCCUGUGGGCUCUGCUGUCCUCUUCCCGGGCUCAGGACGCCAGCCCGCCGUGGGAGAGCGGGGCGGAGGGGAUCCCCGAGGGGGCUUCCACCUUGGCUUUUGUGUUUGAUGUCACGGGCUCCAUGUACGAUGACUUAGUUCAGGUGAUUGAAGGGGCUUCCAAAAUUCUGGAAACGUCCUUGAAAAGACCCAAGAGACCUCUCUUCAACUUCGCAUUGGUGCCUUUCCACGAUCCAGAGAUUGGACCAGUGACAAUUACCACAGAUCCCAAGAAAUUUCAGUAUGAACUCAGAGAGCUGUAUGUUCAGGGCGGUGGUGAUUGUCCAGAGAUGAGUAUUGGAGCUAUAAAAAUAGCCUUGGAAAUUUCUCUUCCUGGUUCAUUCAUCUAUGUUUUUACGGAUGCACGGUCCAAGGACUACCGGCUCACCCAUGAGGUGUUGCAGCUGAUCCAACAGAAACAGUCUCAGGUUGUAUUUGUGCUCACUGGAGACUGUGAUGACAGGAACCACAUUGGAUAUAAAGUCUAUGAAGAAAUUGCCUCUACAAGUUCUGGUCAAGUGUUUCAUUUGGACAAAAAGCAAGUUAAUGAGGUGUUAAAGUGGGUUGAAGAAGCAGUGCAGGCCUCCAAAGUUCACCUCUUAUCCACAGAUCAUUUGACACAGGCUGUAAACACUUGGAAAAUUCCUUUUGAUCCCAGCCUCAAAGAGGUCACAGUAUCUCUGAGUGGCCCUUCCCCAAUGAUUGAAAUUCGAAAUCCUUUAGGGAAACUGAUAAAAAAGGGCUUCGGCCUGAAUGAGCUAUUAAAUAUCCACAACUCUGCCAAAGUGGUGAAUGUGAAAGAGCCUGAGGCUGGAAUGUGGACAGUGAAGACCUCCAGCAGUGGAAGGCACUCUGUUCGCAUCACUGGCCUCAGUACUAUUGAUUUCCGUGCUGGUUUUUCUGGAAAACCCACCUUAGACUUCAAGAAAACAGUCAGCAGACCUGUUCAAGGAAUACCUACCUAUGUGCUGCUGAAUACCUCUGGGAUUUCCAGUCCAGCUAGAGUAGAUCGUCUUGAGUUGCUGAGUAUCUCAGGGGGUUCUCUUAAGACUAUUCCUGUGAAAUAUUAUCCAGAUCGAAAACCUUAUGGCAUAUGGAAUAUUUCUGACUUUAUACCACCAAAUGAAGCUUUCUUUCUCAAAAUAACAGGCUAUGACAAGGAUGAUUAUCUCUUCCAGAGAGUGUCAAGUGUUUCCUUUUCUAAUAUUGUCCCAGCUGCUCCCACAGUAACAAUGCCCAUGAAAACUCCCGGAUAUUACCUGCAGCCAGGAAGAAUUCUCUGCUCUGUUGAAAGCCUUCUACCCUUUACCUUGAGCUUUGUCAGGAAUGGCAUUACACUUGGAGUAGACCAGUAUUUCAAAGAAUCUGCCAGUGUGAGCUGGGAUAUUGAAAAGGUGACUCUGUCUGACGAAGGCUCCUAUGAAUGCAUUGCUGUCAGCAGCGCAGGGACUGGGAGGGCACAAACAUUUUUUGAUGUAUCAGAGCCUCCUCCCAUCAUCCAAGUGCUUGAAAAUGUUACCAUCACUCCUGGGGAGACCGCAGUUUUGACUUGUCUUGUCACCAGCGCUGUGGAUUACAAUCUAACCUGGCAGAGGAACAGCAGGGAUGUGAGACUGGUGGAACCAGCAAGGAUCAGGAUGUUGGCUAACCUCUCCCUGGAGCUAAGGAGUGUGAAAAUCAGCGAUGCGGGACAGUACCAUUGUACAGUUUCAAAUGAAGGUGGAUCGGCAGCAGCUUCUGUUUUUCUCACAAUACAAGAACCACCCAAAGUCACUGUGAUGCCCAAGAAUCAGUCUUUCACAGGAGGAUCUGAGGUGUCCAUCAUGUGUUCGGCCACAGGCUACCCCAAACCAAAGAUUGCCUGGACCAUGAACGAUCUGUUUCUAGUGGGUUCACACAGGUACAGAAUGUCCUCAGAAGGUACUUUAGCUAUCAAAAAUGCAGUUCCUAAGGAUGCAGGGAUCUAUGGCUGCCUGGCAAGUAAUGCAGCUGGAACUGACAGACAAAUUUCCAUCCUCAGAUACAUUGAGGCUCCAAAGUUGAUGGUAGUCCAGAGUGAACUCUUGGUUGCUCUUGGGGAUACAACAGUUAUGGAAUGCAAAACUUCUGGGGUCCCUCCACCCCAAGUGAAGUGGUUCAAAGGAGAUCUUGAGUUGAGGCCUUCAACAUUCCUUGUUAUUGACCCUCUCCUGGGACUUUUGAAGAUUCAAGAAACACAGGAUCUGGAUGCUGGCGAUUAUACGUGUGUAGCCAUUAAUGAUGCUGGAAGAGCAACUGGCAAGAUAACACUGGAUGUUGGCUCACCUCCCGUUUUCAUCCAGGAACCUGCUGACGUGUCUGUGGAGAUUGGAUCAAAUGUGACACUGCCUUGUUAUGUUCAGGGUUAUCCAGAGCCAAAAAUCCGAUGGCAAAGACUGGACCACAUGCCUCUCUUCUCCAGGCCUUUUUCAGUUAGUUCCAUCAGCCAGCUGAGAACAGGAGCUCUCACGAUUUUAAACUUAUGGGCAAGUGAUAAAGGAACCUACAUUUGUGAAGCUGAAAACCAGUUUGGAAAGAUCCAGUCGCAGGCAACAGUGACGGUGACAGGACUUGUUGCUCCCCUCAUUGGAAUCAGCCCCUCAGUUGCCAAUGUUAUUGAAGGACAGCAGCUUACUUUACCUUGCACCCUGUUGGCUGGAAAUCCCAUUCCAGAACAUCGAUGGAUAAAGAAUUCUGCCACGUUGGUACAAAACCCGUAUAUAACUGUACGAAGUGAUGGGAGCCUUCAUAUAGAAAGAGUUCGACUUCAAGAUGGAGGUGAAUAUACUUGUGUGGCCAGGAAUGUUGCUGGAGUCAGUAACAAAACAACCUCUGUGGUUGUUCACGUCCUGCCAACCAUUCAGCAUGGGCAGCAGGUCCUGAGCACAAUCGAAGGCAUCCCAGUGACUUUACCAUGCAAAGCAAGUGGAAUUCCCAAGCCAUCGAUUGUCUGGUCCAAGAAAGGAGAGCUGAUUUCAUCUGGCGAUGCCAAGUUUUCUGCAGGGGCCGACGGGAGUCUCUACGUGGUGUCUCCUGGAGGCGAGGAGAGUGGAGAGUAUGUGUGCACGGCCACCAACGCGGCCGGCUAUGCCAAAAGGAAGGUGCAGCUGACGGUGUAUGUAAGGCCCAGAAUAUUUGGAGACCAGCGGGGGCUGUCCCAGGAUAAGCCUGUGGAGAUUUCUGUCUUGGCUGGAGAAGAGGUGACACUUCCCUGUGAAGUGAAGAGCCUACCCCCACCCAUCAUUACGUGGGCCAAAGAAACCCAGCUCAUCUCCCCCUUCUCCCCAAGACACACGUUCCUCCCUUCUGGUUCAAUGAAGAUCACUGAAACCCGCAUUUCAGACAGUGGUCUGUAUCUUUGUGUGGCUACAAACAUUGCUGGCAACGUGACUCAAGCUGUUAAAUUAAGUGUCCAUGUUCCUCCGAAGAUACAGCGUGGUCCUAAAUAUAUAAAAAUCCAAGUCGGCCAAAGAGUGGACAUGCCCUGUAGUACCCAAGGGUCACCGCCCCCUGUGAUCACCUGGCUUAAAGGUGGAAGGACGGUGCUGGUUGAUGGAGGGCAGCGUGUCAGCAAUCCAGAUGGAACUUUAAGCAUUGACCAGGCCAUGCUCUCAGAUGCAGGCGUGUAUACGUGUGCUGCUACUAACAUAGCAGGCCGUGAUGAGGCAGACAUAACGCUACAUGUUCAAGAGCCACCGACAAUGGAAGAUCUAGAACCUCCUUUUGACACUCCAUUCCAAGAAAGACUGGCUAAUGAACGAAUCACAUUUCCCUGUCCUGUGAAAGGUACUCCUAAACCAACCAUCAAAUGGUUACGCAAUGGUAGAGAGUUGACAGGCAGAGAGCCUGGUAUAUCUGUCUUGGAAAAUGGCACACUGUUUGUCAUUGCUUCUGUUACACCACAUGACAAUGGGGAAUACAUCUGUGUGGCGAUGAAUGAGGCUGGAACCACAGAAAAAAAAUACAACCUCAAAGUCCAUGUUCCCCCAGGGAUUAAAGACAAAGAUCAUGUGACAAAUGUGUCGGUGUUGCUAAACCAGCUGGCCAGUCUCUUUUGUGAAGUGGAAGGUACCCCAUCUCCCAUCAUAACAUGGUAUAAAGAUGGCAUCCAGGUGACCGAAAGCAACACUAUUCAGAUUGUGAACAAUGGAAAGACACUAAAACUCUUCAAAACCACUGCAGAGGAUGCAGGAAGAUAUUCCUGCAAGGCAACUAACAUUGCGGGCACCUCUCAGAAGUACUUUAGUAUUGAUGUGCUAGUUCCACCCACCAUACUAGGUGCCAACUUACCAAAUGAAGUCUCUGUUGUCUUCACCCACAACACCACCCUUGAAUGCCUGGUCAAAGGCACUCCCUUUCCUGUUAUCCACUGGUUCAAGGAUGGGAAGCCUUUAUUCUUGGGAGAUCCUAACAUUGAACUUGUAGAAAGAGGACAAAUUUUACACCUGAAGAACACACGAAGAAGUGACAAGGGGCGCUACCAAUGUAUUGUAUCCAACGCAGCUGGCAAGCAAGCCAAGGAUAUGAAGCUGACUGUCUACAUUCCACCUAGUAUUAAAGGAGGGAAUGUUACCACUGAAAUAUCAGCAUUGAUCAACAGUGUGAUUAAACUGGAAUGUGAAGCGAGGGGCCUUCCAAUGCCUGUGAUUACUUGGUAUAAGGACGGCCAGCUGAUUAUAUCCAACUCACAAGCACUCUAUGUUGAUAAAGGGCAGUUCCUUCAUAUUCCACAAGCGCAAGUCUCUGAUUCAGCAACAUAUACAUGUCAUGUAACCAAUGUUGCUGGAACUGCAGAAAAGUCAUUCCAUGUUGACAUCUAUGUUCCUCCAAUAAUCGAAGGUGACUUGGCCACCCCUUUGAAUAAGCAAGUUAUCCUCACUCAGCCCUUGACCCUGGAAUGUAAAGCAGCUGGAAACCCUGCUCCUGCCCUCACUUGGUUAAAAGAUGGUGUACCAGUGAAAGCCAGUGACAAGAUCCGCAUAGAAGCUGGUGGGAAGAAACUUGAAAUCUUGAGUGCCUUAGAAGUCGAUCGGGGGCAAUACAUAUGUGUGGCUACCAGUGUGGCAGGCGAAAAGGAAAUCAAAUAUGAAGUUGAUGUCUUAGUGCCACCAGCUGUAGAAGGAGGAGAUGAAAUAUCAUACUUCAUUGUUAUGGUUAAUAACCUACUGGAGCUGGAUUGUCAUGUGACAGGCUCACCUCCACCAACUAUCAUGUGGCUGAAAGAUGGUCAUCUAAUUGAUGAAACAGAUGGGUUCAAGAUUUUACUAAAUGGACGCAAACUGGUUAUUACUCAGGCUCAGGUGUCAGACACAGGCCUAUAUCAGUGUGUGGCAUCCAAUAUGGCUGGAAACCAAAGGAAAGAAUUUGAAGUGACUGUACAUGUUCCUCCAACAAUCAAGUCUUCAGGACUUUCUGAAAUGACUGUGGUAAAACACAAACCUGUUACCUUGCAGUGUAUAGCCAAUGGCAUUCCAAACCCAUCCAUUACAUGGUUAAAAGAUGGCCAGCCUGUGAAUACUGCCCAAGGAAAUCUCAAAAUACAGUCUUCUGGUCGAGUUCUACAAAUUGCCAAAACUUUGUUGGAAGAUGCUGGCAGAUACACAUGUGUGGCUACCAACGCUGCUGGAGAAAUCCAACAGCACACUCAACUGCAUGUGCAUGAGCCUCCAAGGCUGGAAGAAGCUGGAAGGAUGCUGAAUGAGACGGUGGUGGUGAACAGUCCCAUCCAGCUGGAGUGUAAGGCAGCAGGAAAUCCUUUGCCUGUUAUUACGUGGUACAAAGAUAGCCGUCCACUCUCCGGUUCCACCAGUGUAACAUUCCUGAACAGAGGGCAGGUCCUUGACAUCGAAAAAGCCCAGAUCUCAGAUGCUGGCAUUUAUAAAUGUGUGGCCAUUAACUCCGCUGGAGCUACAGAGCUGUUUUACAACCUUCAAGUCCACGUGCCCCCCUCGAUUUCUGGCAGCAGUAGCAUGGUUAGUGUGGUCAUCAAUAACGUUGUGAGGUUAGAAUGUGAAGCCAGGGGCAUCCCUGCCCCAAGUCUGACGUGGCUGAAAGAUGGGAGCCCUGUCUCUAGCUUCACUGAUGGAAUUCAGGUUCUGUCUGGGGGUCGCAUCUUAGCAUUGACCAGUGCACAAGUAAGUGAUACAGGGAGAUAUACCUGUGUGGCCGUGAAUGCUGCUGGGGAGAAACAAAGGGACAUUGACCUCAGAGUCUAUGUUCCACCAAAUAUUAUGGGAGAAGAACAGAACAUUUCUGUCCUCAUUAGUCAAGCUGUGGAGUUGCUAUGUCAAAGUGAUGCUAUUCCCUUACCUACUCUGACCUGGCUAAAGGAUGGUCGCCCCUUACUGAAGAAACCAGGCCUUAGUAUCUCUGAAAAUGGAAGUGUGUUAAAGAUUGAAGAUGCUCAUGUUCAAGACACUGGUCGUUAUACUUGUGAAGCAACAAAUGUUGCUGGAAAAACAGAGAAAAACUAUAAUGUCAACAUUUGGGUCCCACCAAAUAUUUAUGACUCUGAUAAACUUGCUCAACUUACAGUCAUUGAAGGGAAUCUUAUCAGUCUUUUGUGUGAAUCGAGUGGUAUUCCACCUCCAAAUCUCAUCUGGAAAAAGAAAGGGUCUACAGUGCUGGCUGACUCUGGAGGGCGAGUUCGGAUUUUAUCAGGAGGCAGGCAGUUACAAAUCUCAGUUGCUGAAAAGUCUGAUGUAGGGCCUUACACGUGUGUGGCCUCAAAUGCUGCCGGAACUGCAAAGAAAGACUAUAAUCUGCAAGUUCACAUUCGACCAUCUAUAACGAACAGUGGCAGCCAACCUACUGAAGUUAUUGUCACCCGAGGGAAGAGUAUUUCCUUACAGUGUGAGGUGCAAGGUAUUCCCCAGCCAACAGUGACCUGGAUGAAAGAUGGCCGCCCCCUGACCAAGGGAAGGGGAGUGGAAAUAGUGGAUAGAGGUCGCAGCCUUCAGCUGAAGAACACUCAUGUAUCUGACACGGGUCGUUAUGUGUGUAUAGCUGUGAAUGUAGCAGGAAUGGCUGAUAGAAAAUAUGACUUAAGUGUUCAUGCCCCUCCAACCAUCAUAGGAGACCAUGGGGUGCCUGAAAAUAUCAGUGUGGUGGAAAAGAACUCAGUAUCUCUGACUUGUGAAGCUUCAGGAAUCCCUCUGCCUUCCAUAACCUGGCUUAAAGAUGGGUGGCCUGUUAGCCUUGGCAAUUCUGUGAGGAUUCUCUCAGGGGGCAGGAUGUUACGGUUGAUGCAAGCUAGAGUGGAAGAUGCUGGCCAGUAUACUUGUGUUGUAAGGAAUGCAGCUGGUGAAGAAAGAAAAAUCUUUGGACUUUCAGUAUUAGUGCCACCUCAUAUUAUGGGUGAAAAUGUAUUGGAGGAUGUGAAGGUCAAAGAGAAAGAGAGUGUUACUUUCACUUGUGAAGUGACAGGGAACCCAAUGCCAGAAAUCACAUGGCACAAAGACGGACAACUCCUCCAGCAAGAUGAAACCCACCACAUAAUGUCUGGUGGCCGGCUUCUUCAAAUUUCUGAUGCCCGAGUGUCUCACACAGGAAGAUACACAUGUUUGGCUACUAAUGCAGCUGGAGACAAGAACAAAAGUUUCAGCCUGAAUGUUUUUGUAUCACCCACAAUUGCUGGGGUAGAUAGCAACGGCAGCCCUGAAGAUGUCAUUGUUAUCCUCAAUAGCCCCACGUCUUUGGUGUGUGAAGCAUACUCGUAUCCUCCUGCUACUAUCACCUGGUUUAAAGAUGGAGCACCUUUAGAAUCCAACCGAAAUAUUCGCAUUCUUCCAGGAGGGAGAACUCUGCAGAUCCUCAACGCACAGGAAGACAAUGCCGGGAGAUACUCUUGUGUGGCCACCAAUGAGGCUGGAGAAAUGAUGAAGCAUUAUGAAGUGAAGGUCUACAUUCCACCAAUAAUCAGUAGAGGAGACCUUUUGGGGCCAGGUCUUUCCCCUAAAGAAGUAAAGAUCAAAGUAAACAACACCCUGACCUUGGAAUGUGAAGCUUAUGCUAUUCCUUUGGCCUCUCUCAGCUGGUACAAGGAUGGACAGCCUCUUAAGUCAGAUGAUCAUGUCACCAUUGCUGCAAAUGGGCACACACUUCAAAUAAAGGAGGCUCAAAUAUCAGACACUGGACGGUAUACUUGUGUUGCAUCUAACAUUGCAGGGGAAGAUGAGCUGGACUUUGAUGUGAAUAUUCAAGUUCCUCCAAGUUUUCAGAAACUGUGGGAAAUAGGAAACAUGCUAGACACUGGCAGGACUGGUGAAGCCAAAGAUGUGAUCAUCAACAAUCCCAUUUCUCUUUACUGCGAGACAAAUGCCACUCCGCCUCCCACGUUGACGUGGUACAAAGAUGGCCAGCCUGUGACUUCAAGUGACAGAGUCUUGAUCUUCCCAGGAGGGCGAGUGCUACAGAUUCCCCGGGCAAAAGCAGAAGACGCUGGGAGAUACACGUGUGUGGCCGUGAAUGAAGCUGGGGAAGAUUCUCUUCACUAUGACGUCCGUGUCCUCUUGCCACCAGUUAUCAAGGGAGCAAAUGCUGAUGUCCCGGAAGAGGUCACCGUGCUGGUGAAUCAUCAUGCACAGAUGGAAUGCUCCGCCAGUGGCAGCCCAGCACCCAGGAAUGCCUGGCAGAAAGACGGAUUGCCCGUGCUCGAAGAUGAGCACCAUAAGUUUCUCUCGAAUGGAAGGAUUCUGCAGGUUCUAAAUACUCAAAUAGCAGAUACUGGCAGAUAUGUGUGCAUUGCUGAGAAUACUGCUGGAACUACCAAAAAAUAUUUUAACCUCAAUGUUCAUGUUCCUCCAAGUGUUGUUGGUCCUAACCCUGAAAAUCUCACUGUCGUGGUGAACAAUUUCAUCUCUUUGACCUGUGAAGUCUCUGGCUUUCCCCCUCCUGAUCUCAGCUGGCUCAAGAAUGAACAACCCAUCAAGCCGAACACAAAUGCUCUAAUUGUGCCUGGUGGCCGGACUCUACAGAUUAUUCGGGCCAAGGUCUCCGAUGGUGGUGAAUAUACUUGUAUAGCUAUCAAUCAAGCUGGUGAAAGCAAGAAGAGAGUUUCCCUGACUGUUUAUGUGCCUCCAAGCAUUAAGGAUCAUGGCAGUGAGUUUCUCUCUGUAGUUAAUGUAAGAGAGGGAACUUCAGUGUCAUUGGAAUGUGAGUCAAAUGCUGUCCCACCCCCAGUCAUUACCUGGUAUAAGAAUGGGCGGAUGAUAACAGAGUCUACUCAUAUGGAGAUUUUAGCUGAUGGACAGAUGCUUCACAUAAAGAAAGCUGAGGUAUCUGACACAGGCCAGUAUGUAUGUAGAGCUAUAAAUGUAGCAGGACGGGAUGAUAAAAAUUUCCACCUCAAUGUAUAUGUGCCACCCAGUAUUGAAGGGCCCGAAAGAGAAGCAGUGGUGGAGACAAUCAGCAACCCAGUGACCCUGACUUGUGAUGCAACAGGGAUCCCACCUCCCUCCAUAGCAUGGCUAAAGAACCAAAAGCCUAUAGAAAAUUCAGACUCAUUGGAAGUUCACAUUUUGUCUGGGGGUAGCAAACUCCAAAUUGCCCGAUCUCAACGCUCAGAUAGUGGAAACUACACAUGUAUUGCAUCAAAUAUGGAGGGAAAAGCACAGAAGAAUUAUGUACUUUUGAUCCAAGUUCCUCCAAGUGUUGCUGGGGCUGAAGUUCCCAGUGAAAUCAGUGUCCUUCUGGGGGAAAAUGUUGAGCUGGUCUGCAGUGCCAAUGGCAUUCCCACCCCACUUAUUCAAUGGCUUAGAGAUGGAAAGCCCAUAGUGAAUGGUGAGACAGAAAGAGUCAGGGUGACUGCUAGUGGCAGUACAUUAAACAUUUAUGGAGCCCUCCCGUCUGACAUGGGGAAAUACACAUGCGUGGCCACCAACCCUGCUGGAGAAGAAGACCGGAUAUUUAACCUGAAUGUCUAUGUUCCCCCCAAAAUUAGAGGUAAUAAGGAAGAAGCUGAGAAGCUGAUGGCAUUGGUAGAUACUUCCAUAAAUAUUGACUGCAGAGCCACCGGGACGCCCCCACCACAGAUAAACUGGCUGAAGAAUGGGCUUCCUCUGCCUCUCUCUUCCCAUGUCAGACUGCUGUCUGCAGGGCAAGCUAUCAGGAUUGUGAGAGCUCAGGUGUCCGAUGUGGCUGUAUAUACGUGUGUGGCCUCCAACAGAGCCGGAGUGGACACCAAGCAUUACAGCCUGCAGGUGAUUGUACCACCAAACUUGGACAAUGCAAUGGGAACAGAGGAAAUCACAAUUGUCAGAGGUAGUUCCACCUCCAUGACAUGCUUUACUGAUGGAACCCCAACUCCCAGUGUGUCCUGGCUCAGAGAUGGCCAGCCCCUGGGGCUUGAUGCUCAUUUAACAGUCAACACUCAAGGAAUGGUCCUUCAGCUCAUCAAAGCUGAGACUGAAGAUUCAGGAAGAUAUACCUGCAUUGCCUCAAAUGAUGCUGGAGAAGCCAGCAAGCACUUCAUCCUCAAGGUCUUAGAACCACCACACAUUAAUGGAUCUGAAGGAUCUGGAGAGGUGUCAGUAAUUGUCAAUUACCCACUGGAACUUUCCUGCUUUGCUUCUGGAAUCCCUACCCCUAAAAUUGCCUGGAUGAAAGAUGGCCGGCCCCUUACACACACUGAUCAGGUGCAAACUCUACAAGGAGGGGCUCUUCUUCGAAUAUCUAGUACUCAAGUGGAGGAUACAGGAAGGUACACAUGUCUGGCCUCCAGUCCUGCAGGCGAUGACGACAAAGAAUACUUAGUGCGAGUGCAUGUACCCCCUAAUAUUGUGGGAACUGGUGAACCCCAGGAUGUGACUGUGUUACAGAACAGACAGGUGACACUGGAAUGCAAGUCGGAUGCAGUUCCCCCUCCUGUCAUUAUGUGGCUCAGAAAUGGAGAGCAGUUGCAGGCAACACCUCGAGUGAGAAUCUUAUCUGGAGGGAGAUAUUUGCAAGUUAACAAUGCAGAUCUAGGAGAUACGGCCAAUUAUACCUGUGUGGCUAGCAACAUUGCAGGAACAACCACAAGAGAAUUUAUUCUCACUGUAAAUGUUCCUCCAAACAUAAAAGGUGGCCCCGAGAGUCUUGUAACUCUGUUAAAUAAGUCGACUGUGCUGGAAUGUCUCACUGAAGGUGUGCCAGUCCCAAGGGUAACAUGGAGAAAGGAUGGGUCUGUUCUUUCUGGGGACCACUCAAGGUACUCCAUCUUGGAAAAUGGAUUUCUUCAUAUUCAAUCAGCACAUGUCGCAGACACAGGAAGGUAUUUGUGUAUGGCUACCAAUGUGGCUGGAACAGCUCGUAGGAGAAUAGACUUACAGGUCCACGUUCCUCCAUCUAUUGCUCCUGGUCCUACCAAUAUAACUGUCACAGUAAAUGUCCAGACUACCCUGGCUUGUGAGGCUACAGGGAUACCAAAGCCAUCCAUCAGCUGGAGGAAAAAUGGCUAUCUUCUUAAUGUGGAUCAGAAUCAGAAUUCAUACAGGCUCCUUUCUUCGGGUUCACUAGUAAUUAUUUCCCCAUCUGUGGAUGACACCGCAAGCUAUAAGUGCACUGUGACAAAUGAUGCUGGGGAGGAUAGGAGAACCAUCAAUCUCACUGUCCAAGUUCCGCCUUCCAUAGCUGACGAGCCCACAGACUAUUUGGUAACCAAACGGGCCCCAGCAGUAAUUACCUGCACUGCUUCAGGUGUGCCAUUUCCAUCAAUUCACUGGACCAAAAAUGGUGUAAGACUGCUUCCCAGGGGAGAUGGCUAUCGGAUUCUGUCCUCAGGAACAAUUGAAAUAUCAGCCACACAAUUAAAUCAUGCAGGAAGAUAUACUUGUAUUGCUAGGAAUACAGCUGGCUCUGCACACCGACAUGUCAGCCUUCAUGUCCAAGAACCUCCAGUCAUUCAGCCCCAGCCCAGUGAACUAGAUGUCAUUCUAAACAAUCCCAUUUUACUACCAUGUGAAGCUACAGGGAUACCCAGCCCUUUCAUUGGUUGGCAAAAAGAAGGCAUCAAUGUGGUCUCCUCAGGCAAAAAUCAUGCAGUUCUUCCCAGCGGCAGCCUACAGAUCACCAGAGCUGUUCGAGAGGACUCAGGCACUUACAUGUGUGUGGCUCAGAACCCAGCUGGGACAGCCCUGGGCAAAAUCAAGUUAAAUGUCCAAGUUCCCCCAGUCAUUAGAACUCAUCCACAAGAAUACAUCAUUGCUAUGGAUCAACCCAUCACACUCCCCUGCGAAGCAGAUGGCCUACCACCACCGGACAUUGUGUGGCACAAAGAUGGGCAGACCAUUACAGAAUCCAUCCGCCAGCGCAUCCUCAACUCGGGGGCUCUGCAGAUAGCCUUUGCUCAGCUGGAGGAUGCUGGGCAGUACACAUGCAUGGCAGCUAAUGUGGCAGGUUCAAGCAGUGUAAGAGCCAAGCUCACCAUCCAUGUACCACCUAGCAUCCGAAAUACAGAAAUACACUAUGCUGUCAAUGAGAACUCACAAGCUAUUCUACCAUGUGUGGCUGAUGGAAUCCCCACUCCAGCAAUUCACUGGGAAAAAGAUAAUGUUCCUUUAUCUAACUUGUUAGGAAAAUACACUGCUCAGCCAUAUGGAGAACUCAUUUUGGAAAAUGUUGUGCCGGAAGAUUCUGGGCUGUAUACAUGUGUCGCUGGCAAUGUGGCGGGAGAAGAUACUCACACCAUCACCCUGACUGUGCAGGUUCUCCCCACAUUCACCGAACUACCCGGAGACGUGUCAUUAAAUAAAGGAGAGAGGCUGCGAUUAAGCUGUAAGGCAACCGGUAUUCCAUUGCCCAAGCUAACAUGGACGUUCAAUAACAAUAUCAUCCCAGCCCACUUUGACGGUGCAAGUGGACACAGCCAACUUGUUAUUGAAAAAGUGUCAAAGGAGGAUUCGGGUACCUACGUGUGCACUGCCCAGAACAGCGUGGGCUUUGUGAAAGCAAUCGGGUUUGUUUAUGUGAAAGAACCUCCAGUCUUCAAAGGUGACGACCCCGCUAACUGGAUUGAACCACUUGGUGGUAAUGCAGUCUUGAACUGUGAGGUGAAAGGUGAGCCUGCCCCAACUAUUCAAUGGAGCAGAAGAGGGGUGGAUAUUGAGAUCAGCCACAGAAUCCGACAACUGGGCAAUGGUUCCCUGGCCAUCUAUGGCACUGUGAAUGAAGAUGCUGGAGACUACACAUGUGUAGCUACCAAUGACGCUGGAGCAGUGGAACGCAGCAUGAGCCUCACACUGCAAAGUCCUCCUAUUAUCACUCUUGAACCCGUGGAAACUAUCACUAGUGCUGGCAGCAAAGUCAUACUAGAUUGUCAGGCAACUGGAGAGCCUCAUCCGACUAUUACAUGGUCCCGUCAAGGGCGCUCUAUUCCCUGGGAUGACCGAGUCAGUGUUCUGUCCAACAACUCAUUAUAUAUUGUGGCUGCUCAGCAAGAAGAUACAUCUGAGUAUGAAUGUGUGGCUCGAAACUUAAUGGGUUCUGUCCUUGUCAGAGUGCCAGUCAUUGUCCAGGUUCAUGGUGGGUUUUCCCCCUGGUCCUCCUGGAGAUCCUGCAGUGUAACCUGUGGAAAAGGCAUCCAGAAGAGAAGCCGACUGUGCAACAGCCCUCCUCCAGCCAAUGGUGGCAAACGGUGCCACGGGUCGGACUCAGAAACCCGAACGUGUCAGAACAAGCUGUGUCCAGUGGAUGGUCACUGGUCAGAAUGGAGUCUUUGGGAAGAAUGCACAAGAAGCUGUGGACGGGGCAACAGAACCAGGACCAGAGCUUGCAAUGAUCCGCCAGCCCAGCAUGGUGGACGGCCAUGUGAAGGGAAUGCUGUGGAAAUCAUCAUGUGUAAUGUGAGGCCUUGCCCAGUUCAUGGGGCAUGGAGUGCCUGGCAACCUUGGGGUGCAUGCAGUGAAAGUUGUGGGAAAGGGAACCAAAUGAGAACAAGACUUUGCAAUAACCCACCACCAUCGUUUGAUGGAGCCUACUGCAUUGGGCCAGAAACGCAGGUGCAAGUUUGCAAUGAAAAACACUGUCCAGUUGAUGGCAAAUGGACAACUUGGACCAGUUGGAGUGCCUGCACUGUGUCCUGUGGGGGAGGAGCCAGACAGAGAACAAGGGACUGCUCUAACCCUGUCCCCCAGUAUGGGGGAAGAAGAUGUGAGGGAAGUGACAUCCAGAGUGAUUUUUGCAAUAGUGACCCUUGUCCAACCCAUGGGAACUGGAGUCCUUGGAGUGGCUGGGGAACUUGCAGCCGGACUUGUAAUGGAGGGCAGAUGCGGCGGUACCGUACCUGUGACAACCCUCAUCCCUCCAAUGGAGGAAGAGCUUGUGGGGGGCCAGACACCCAGAUCCAGAGGUGCAACAGUGACAUGUGUCCCGUGGAUGGAAGCUGGGGAAACUGGCAGAGCUGGAGCCAUUGUUCUGCCUCCUGUGGAGGAGGCGAAAAGACCCGGAACCGGCAGUGUGACAAUCCAGUGCCAUCUAAAAGUGGUCGUUCCUGUCCAGGAGAUGCUACUCAGGUAUCCAGGUGCAAUGUACAAGCAUGUCCAGGUGGGCCUCAGAGAGCCAGAGGAAGUGUUAUUGGAAAUAUUAAUGAUGUUGAAUUUGGAAUUGCUUUCCUUAAUGCCACAAUAAUAGAUAGCCCUAACUUUGAUUCUAGAAUAAUCCAUGCUAAAAUUACCAAUGUGCCUCGCAGUCUUGGCCCAGCAAUGAGAAAGAUAGUGUCUAUUCUAAAUCCCAUUUACUGGACAACAGCCAAAGAAAUAGGAGAGGCAGUCAAUGGCUUUACCCUCACCAACGCCGUCUUCAAAAGAGAAACACAGGUGGAAUUUGCUACCGGAGAAAUCUUGAGGAUGACUCACAUCGCCCGGGGCCUGGAUCCUGAUGGUGCCUUGCUGCUGGAUGUGGUCGUGAGUGGCUAUGUCCUCCAGCUUCCGUCACCUGCUGAAGUCAAUGUGAAGGACUAUACAGAGGACUACAUUCAAACAGGCCCCGGCCAGCUCUAUGCCCAUUCCACCCGGCUUUUCACCAUUGAUGGUAUCAGCAUCCCAUACACAUGGAACCAUACCAUUUUCUACGAUCAGACACGGGGAAGAAUGCCUUUUUUGGUAGAAACACUGUAUGCAUCCUCUGUGGAAUCUGACUAUAACCAAAUAGAAGAGACCCUGGGUUUUAAACUCCAUGCCUCAAUUUCCAAAGGUGAUCGUAGCAACCAGUGCCCCUCUGGCUUCACGUUAGAUGCAGUUGGACCCUUUUGUGCUGAUGAAGAUGAAUGUACAGCAGGAAAUCCCUGCUCCCACACCUGCCACAAUGCCGUGGGAACCUACUAUUGCUCCUGCCCCAGCGGCCUCACCAUCGCUGCUGAUGGACGGACUUGUCAAGAUAUUGAUGAGUGUUCUUUGGGUUCACAUGCCUGCCACACUGGUCAGGAUUGUGACAACACGAUCGGAUCCUAUCGCUGUGUGGUCCACUGUGGACUCGGCUUUCGAAGAACCUCUGAUGGGCUGAGUUGUCAAGAUAUUAAUGAAUGUCAGGAGUCUAGUCCCUGUCACCAGCGUUGCUUCAAUGUCAUAGGGAGUUUCCACUGUGGAUGUGAACCUGGCUAUCAGCUGAAAGGCAGAAGAUGCUUGGAUGUGAACGAGUGUAGACAGAAGGUAUGCAGACCAGACCAGCACUGUAAGAACACCCGCGGUGGCUACAAGUGCAUUGAUCUUUGUCCAAAUGGAAUGACCAAGGCAGAAAAUGGAACCUGCAUUGACAUUGAUGAAUGUAAAGACGGGACUCAUCAGUGCAGAUAUAACCAAAUCUGUGAGAAUACAAGAGGCAGCUACCGUUGUGCGUGCCCCAGAGGUUACCGCUCACAAGGAGUUGGAAGACCCUGUCUGGACAUUAAUGAAUGUGAACAAGUGCCUAGACCUUGUGCACAUCAGUGCUCCAACACCCCCGGCAGCUUCCAGUGUAUCUGUCCACCAGGACAACAUUUAUUAGGGGACGGGAAAUCUUGUGCUGGAUUGGAGAGGCUGCCAAAUUAUGGCACUCAGUACAGUAGCUAUAACCUUGUGCGGUUGUCCCCUGUGAGAAACAACUAUCAACCUCAACAGCAAUACAGACAGUACUCACAGCUCUACAGCUCCUACUCAGAGUAUAGAAACAGCAGAACAUCUUACUCCAGGACUAGAAGGACUGUUAGGAAGCCUUGUCCUGACGGCUCUGAGGCAAAUCAUGACACAUGUGUAGACGUCGAUGAAUGCCAGAAUAGGGACACCUGCCAGCAUGAGUGUAAAAAUACCAUUGGAAGCUAUCAGUGUACCUGCCCACCUGGCUAUCAACUCAUGCUCAAUGGAAAGACAUGCCAAGAUGUUGAUGAAUGUCUGGAGCAGAACAUACGCUGCGGGCCAAAUCGCAUGUGCUUCAACAUGAGAGGAAGCUACCAGUGCAUCGACACGCCCUGUCCACCCAACUACCAACGGGAUCCCAUGACUGAGUUCUGCCUCAAGAACUGUCCACCCAAUGAUCUGGAAUGUGCCUUGAGCCCAUAUGCCUUGGAAUAUAAACUUAUCUCCCUUCCCUUUGGAAUAGCUGCCAAUCAAGAUUUAAUCCGACUGGUUGCAUACACGCAGGAUGGAGUGAUACAUCCCAGGACAACUUUCCUCAUGGUAGAUGAGGACCAGACUGUUCCUUUUGCCUUACGGGAUGAAAAUCUGAAAGGAGUGGUGUACACGACAAGACCACUACGGGAGCCAGAGACCUACCGCAUGCGGGUGCGAGCUUUAUCCUACAGUGCCAAUGGGACCCUUGAGUAUCAGACCACAUUUAUUGUUUAUAUAGCUGUAUCUGCCUAUCCAUACUAAGCAGCUCUCCUGAGCCUGUUACACAUAUUUAAACCCCAUUAAUCAUGGAAACAAGUGCGCUCCGCGUUAGUGUCUCAACAGUUGCCGCCUUGGCAGCUUGGAAAUGGUGCUAUGCUCUGUUUUGUGUGCCUUCUUUGGUACUGCUGAGGUAGUUUUAAUCAUCCCACUGCAGUCUUAGCUUUUUAGAAGGUUCUAGAAGAGUCCUUUCUUAUUUCCUUUAUUUAUUACACUGGAGAAGUGACGUCCCAAAGAUAAUUCUGAACAUCGAACAGGACAUAGAAGUGAGGAUUUAGAGUAGCCGGGAUCAUUUUCCUGAAAGCAAAAGCCAAGCAGAAACAACUACUUCUAAGUCAAAUCAAAUUUUUGAGCAUUUUGCUAUUUUUAAUAAAACUAGUUGCUCUGUGUUCUGGGGGGAAACUUAGUAUAACAUCAGGAGAUAUUUUUAAAUCUUGAUACUUUACAAUAGGGCUAUUCAUGUACUCUCAUUUUCAAUGAAGAAACCUAAAUACCACACAAUUUAAAACUAUAGCUACUUGAAGGUUUCUUUGAAUCCAAGUGGUGCUUACCUUGACUGGAAAUCCAAAAAAAAGGAGAUUAUUUCUAAUGAUCUUGUAAAAAUCAUCAGAACCAUUUAUAAUAAUAGGAAAAGAAGUCACUUUGUCCUCAGGCAUCUGGCCUUGGUGCAGAUAUUUGCUCAAAUGUUUUAAAGUAACCAUACAUUAAUUUAGCUCCAUAACUUUUACAUUCCAUAUUUUAAAUUUUCCUGUCAAGUAAAACAAUUUUUCAAAUAUAGGACAGAUUUGUUUGUUUUUGUUUAAAUCUUGUAUGUUCAAAUUAACAUGUUAAACGUCAAUACACUGUACAUGGUACUAACCAACUCUGCCAGCAAUUGCCAAGAUGUAUUCUAUUUUUAUGAAGUGUACAUAUAUUAUCUUUGUGUGCAUUUUCUAUAUAAUACCUGGAUGGACUCUUUUAUAAAGUUAUUUUAUAAAAAAAAAAUGUUGCAGUAAAAUCAGCAUAAAUAAAAUGUUCAUAUUCUUUUUCUUAA